CAGUACAAUGUACACAAACCCACAUGCGUUGAAAAGCCCCUAAAAGCGUACGCUUUCGUGGUCUCCGCUUUCUCAAAACUUACAUCGACUCCACAAGAUAACCUGCUGGAAUGCAGUAAACCACAGACUUAUGGUUCAUCUGACAGAAAACUAUUAGAAAAGGAUGAAGAAAGUCAAUGAAGUUGAACAGGAGACUUCGGCUAAUGCAGCAGGUGCCGAUGGACAACCUGUGAAGAAGAAGAAAAGGAGAGGAAAGAAGAAGAAGAAGAUUGCAGUGAACGUUACCAAUGGGGCAGCCCCAGAGCAGACAAAGAAGAAGAAGAAGAAGAGGGGCAAGAAAAGGGCAAGAACCAACAGUGCUGGGGAAACAGUUGAUGGGGUGCAGACAGCUGGAGGACAAGUAGGAACAGACACACAGGUAAACUCCCCAGAAGCGAAGGGCAAGAAAUUAAAGAAAUCAGAUGAUAAUGAGAAUACCAGUGGACCAGUAGAAGCUGUAGGAAAGAAGUUGAAGGUAAAUGAUGAAGAUGCACCAGUGGAAGGCAAGGGAAAAAAGAAAUUGAAGGUAAAUAAGGAAGAUACACCAGUGGAAGGCAAGGGAAAAAAGAAAGGGAAGAAUGUAAAUAAUGAAACUAGGCCAAUGGAAAACAAGGGGAAGAAGAGGGAGUUGGAGGAGGUAGGUGAUGAAGGUGAACCUGUGGAUGUGAAAGAUACAGAAAAUGAUGAGGAUGGCAAAACAACUGUCAAAAAGAAGAAAAUGAAUUCCGGGAAAGAAGAGAAAGUUGAUAUGCCUGCUGCAAAUAGUGAGACCAAAGAAAUGGAGAACGAGAAUGAUGGGAAAGUGGUGUGGGAAAAAAAGCUUAAGAAAAAGAAGAAAAAGUUGAUGCAGAAUCAAGUUGGUACAAACAAUACAGCAGGAGAUGAGGUGCAGGAUCCCAAGGGGGCAGAGGAAGAUGAACCUCCUGAAGGGGAUGUGGGAACUCCAGCUCAAAAGAAGAAAAAGAAGAAAAAGAAGAAAAAGAAGCCUACACCUGGAGCAGUGAACUUAAAUACUGCAUACAGCGACCUUUCCAACAAAAAUGAGAUUAAGAGACACUGGACCGAAGAUGGGGAGCCACUUAAAAAAGAUAAUGGUUUAGAAAUAAUUAAGAAGCCGUUCACCUGUGGUUACUUGCCUGGCUUUCUGGAGAAUGCUGACAUACUGAAGAGCAUUGCAGAGGAACUGAAGGACAUUCCCCCACUUAAGAAGAAUAAUGAUUUGUACAAGUUUACACAGACUCCAGAUCUGAAGUCAUCAGACAAACCCCAUAUUUCGAGCCUUCGAGAUUUCUUGUAUGGGGAUUUCAGAAAGUGGUUGACAGAUGUAACUGGCAUACCACUGAAUGAGACAGUCGACAUGGGUUCCUCGACCUAUAAGCAUACAGACGUGUUAUUAUGCCAUGAUGAUGAAUUGGAAGGUCGUCGCAUAGCUUAUAUCCUGUACCUGGUGCCAUCGUGGGAAGCAAGUGACGGUGGCACACUUGAUCUCUUCAAUACUGACAAAAACGGCCAGCCCAAGAACAUUGUGAGAUCCUUAGUCCCACAGUGGAACACGUUUGCCUUCUUCGAGGUCUCUCCCAUUUCAUUCCAUCAGGUUGCAGAAGUUUUAUCCAAGGACAAGACUCGCCUCUCCAUCAACGGCUGGUUCCAUGGUCCUCCCAUUGAUAGACCCCCAAAGUACAAGGACCAACCUGGAUGGUUCAUGUUUGAUUGAUAGGGAUUGAGAGAUUUAACACAUCUCAAACACUUACAGGAAGAUGUACUAUACAGCUGGAUCAACCCAGCCUACCUGGAGGAAAGCACGCAGAAAACAAUCCGAAAAAAGUUUGGCACAGACUCAGAAAUAGAACUUGAAAGCUUUUUGACAGAAGAGAAGUAUGAGGCACUUAGCACAGCUCUCAAGGAUCAAGGAUUGAAGUGGAAGAGAACAGGACCUGCUGAUAAGAACUCCUAUCAGGUGUUGACCAACAAGCAACCGGAAGUGCUGAAGGAGUGCCUGUCUGUCCUACAGUCUGAGGCCAUGUUCCUUAUCCUGUCUCAGUUGACUGGUCUUUCUCUGCACAAGCUUGCUCCACCUGACUCAGACCCAGACAGUGAUGAGGAGGAUGAAAAGAAAGAGCCAAACCCCCGGCUUCGGGCACGUGUGGGGCGCUGGGGCCAUGGCUCCUACACCCUUAUCCGGGACAGCGAUGCGGAGGAGCAGGAAAGUGCCCUGGAUGCCACUCUCUUUGUGUGUGUGUCUGACAAGUGGACAGAGGACCUAGGAGGAUAUAACAGCUAUAUCAGCAAGGAUGAGGAUGCAGAGUUGUUGAGUGUACUGCCUCGUUCCAACUGCUUUGCCCUAGUCUACCGUGAUGCUGAGACUCUCAAGUUCACCAAGCACAUCAACGCAGGUGUCUUGGAUCUCGAAGAGGAAGACAGACACUACUUUGAUAUAAACUGUAAAUACUAUGAGUAAUAAUAUUGUUAGUUGUUAGUUGUUAUUUAAUCUAUUUUUUUUUUCUUUGAAGUUUUGUUAUGAUUGAUUAUAAGAGAGCAAGCAUUCUACAUUAUUAGAAAUGUAGAGAAAAAAACUGUGAUUUUUCAUCUUAAUUUUUGUCCAAGUUAAUGUUAGUCUGUAUGUGAUGUAUGUUGUCAUGUGAUGUAUUACCCUGUCAGUGUUUAAUAUUCAAAACAUCAUUUAGUACCAAAACAUGAUUUAGAUCCAUAAAUUUUGUCAUAAAUGUCAAAAUUAUACUCUAGAAUGACCUAUCUGGCUGUGCUAUAUAAUUUUUUCUUGAAUUAUUGCUCCAUGGAAUAGAAAAAAAUAUUGUCAUUUAUUUUAUCUUUUAAGGAGCAGCAUCUAGACUAAUAAAUGUUGGUUGUCUGUCAGUUCUUCCAGAUUGUGAGUGAAUUCUUGAUUGUAUAAAAGAAAACAACA